AUGUUUCGUUUAUCGCUCGUUUGUUUAUCAUUUCUACUGGCUAUUUUAUCAAUAUCGAUGGCAAAUCCAUGUCCAUGUGAAUUGAUUGUCAAUGAAUCAGUACCGAACAAUGCUCCAACUUCUACGACGGAUUCAAUCAACAAUCCGCUAGCCGAUAUUGAUACGCUCGACGAGUAUCUCAGUCAAUUGACUGAACAGUCUCAUCCAGAAAUUUUUGCCGAUACAUCGUCACUGUAUCCGUUGCUUCGACAAACGAAAAGUUUAGAUGUCAAUGCUCAACGUCUAAAACGACCAAGUUGGGCAGCGGUGGGAAAACGAGCAGCCGCUUUCCGCAACAAACGACCAUCAUGGGCUCAAGUUGGUUAA